AUGGAUUCUAAUCCAUUUAAUCAUACUUCGAACUUUGUUGAGCUACUUUGUCAACAAAGAUUUUCUCACAACAACUUCGAAGAUAGUGUCCAACUAUCUUCAUCUCAACUUCCUUCUAUGGGCGGGGAUGAUGUUGGUGACCGUCGGGAACGAAGGACGUGGACACCCACAGAUGAUGUUGUGUUGAUCAGCUCAUGGCUCAACACGAGCAAAGAUCCAGUUGUUGGCAACGAGCAAAGAUCAGGGGCCUUCUGGAAGAGAAUCGCAGACUACUUUGCGGCUAGUCCGAAGCUUUCUGGGUGCGAGAAGAGAGAGUCUGGUCACUGUAAGCAACGUUGGCGGAAGAUAAAUGACUUGGUUUGCAAGUUCUGUGGAUGUUAUGAAGCUGCAUCUAGAGAGAAAGGCAGUGGGUGCAAUGAGAAUGAUGUCCUAAAAAAAACACACGAAAUAUUCUACAACAUCCAUAAGAAGAAAUUCACCCUUGACCAUGCUUGGAAGGAGUUGAGGAAUGACCAGAAGUGGUGUGACCUAUCCAGUGAAAAAAAUGAUGGAGGGUCUAAAAAGAGGAAGUGUGAUGAUGGUGCAGAUUCAUCAAGCUCUCAAGCAAAGCGUCCCCCGGGUGUGAAGGCAUCUAAGGCCCAUGGUAAGCAGACUAUGACAGAGGAUAAGGUGCUGAAUCAGUUUCAGAGAAUGCACGACAUUAAACAACAGGACUCGGUCGUGCAGGAAAGGUUGAAGAAGAUGAGUCUACUUGAGGCUCUAUAUUGCCAAAAAGAACCUCUUGCGGAGUAUGAAGAAGGCCUCAAGAAGAAACUCAUCAGUGACUUAAUGUUUAAUUAG